AUGUUUUUCAUACAGACACUGUCGGUAUUCGUGUUGGGUUUUUGCGCGUGUCGUGCUACACAAUCUAAAGGAAUAGUUUCUUUAGACUCGUUGACUUUCGACAAGGUUCUUUCAAAAUUUAAAGUGUCAAUUGUCAAAUUCGAUGUCUCGUAUCCAUAUGGUGAAAAACAUGAAGAAUUCGUAAAAUUAGGUUCUGCCUAUCAAUCGGUAGAAGAUUUGCUCGUGGCCGAAGUACCUGUGAAAGAUUACGGAGAUAAAGACAAUGAAGAUUUGGCCAUCAGGUAUGGUGUAUCAAAAAAGGAUUACCCGAUCGUUAAGUUGUUUGUGAAUGGUCAGUCAGAGCCGUAUGUGUAUAACGAUGAGGAUUUCAAUCAGGAAAAAUUACAAAAGUUUGUAGUUAAGCACAGCAAAGAAAUCUUGUACAUUGGACUUCCAGGUACAUUAGAAAAGUUUGAUGGUUUAGCAUCAGAAUUUGCCAAGGAAAAAUCGGUGGACAAACGCAAAGAUAUAUUGUUGAGAGCCGAGAAAUUGUGGGAUGGCAGCGAGGGCAAGCAAAAGCAAAAGUCGGCCGAGGUGUAUGUGAAGAGUAUGAGAAAAGCAUUAGAGAAGGGUGACGAGUUUUUCCACACAGAAACUAUUCGCAUCAACAAUGUGCUUAAGGGUUCAAUGACUCAAGAGAAAAAAGCAGACUUGAGUGUUCGUUUAAACAUUUUGGAAUCAUUCAAAGUACAGCAUGACGAGUUGUAA